GGCGGAAGGGGCGGGCCGGGCACGAGAAGGGCUGGGCCGAGGUGUCGCGGGGCUGCUGGAGGGUCGUGGGUGGCACGGAGGAGACAUGUCGGGGGGCAGCAGCUGCAGCCAGACGCCCAGCCGGGCCAUCCCCACUCGCCGCGUAGCCCUCGGCGACGGCGUGCAGCUCCCGCCCGGGGACUACAGCACCACCCCGGGCGGCACGCUCUUCAGCACCACCCCGGGAGGAACCAGGAUCAUCUAUGAGCGGAAAUUCCUGAUGGAGUGUCGGAACUCACCUGUGGCCAAAACACCCCCGAAGGACCUGCCAGCUAUUCCUGGGGUCACUAGCCCAACCAGCGAUGAGCCUUCUAUGCAAGCCAGCCAGAGUCACCUGCACAGCAGCCCGGAAGAUAAGCGGGCAGGUGGUGAAGAGUCACAGUUUGAGAUGGACAUUUAAGGGACCAGCCAUAGGAUGGAGUGAUGCUUCUGGGCCCCUGAGGCCCUUGGAAGGAGAGCCACAGCAGUCAGGCCUUACACCAGGCAGAUAUCGGGUGUGGGCCGCCGCCCAGCCCUGCUCCUCACUCUGCCUUCCAUUUUGUGAAUACCAGCACAUACCUCCUUGUGCCUCUAUUGACACCGAGCUGCUACUCCAGGGGAAUGACUCACCCACACCCUGCGUCAAGUGCCAGGAAGCGGACACAGAGAAGCCCGUCGGAAUGGUCGUCUGGCAAUUCUAGCCCCAACCUCUGGAGCACACCCACCCUCUCCUUAGGUUGGGGUACCUGGGAAAGCUACCCUUCACUUAUGAGAGGAAAUAAAAGCCACCUUUACCCUAGGCCCAA